AAUAAUAACCAGCGCAUCUAGUGUAAAAAGUCGGGCAUUUAUUCCCAAUCGCAAAAGAGGCACUCGCUGACCCGUCUCGCUCCAGUCUCGUUCGUGCCAUCCCGCUUGCACUCAAUCUUCGAUCGCUACACAACGAAAUUGCCAUCCCGCUCGUUUCGGUGACAACGUGUCGGUGUGUGUGCAUCAGUGUGUCACAGUGCAAGCGUGUGUGCGUGCUGUGUAUGUGCAACAAACAACGGCGGCCGCUAACAAAAAAAUUGUAAAUAAAUACGAUCCCAUCGACAGCGCGCGAAAAUCGAAAAAGUGCUCGAAAGUUUACGAAAGAGCAUCCGCAGGACACCAAAAUCCUGCGGGAAAAUGGGAAGCUUGUGGGUUUAUGUGCAAUGUUAGAGCGGCAAACGGCGGCAGUAGCAGCAGCAGCAACAACAUCAACAUCAGCAACAACAACAGCAGCAGCAGCGCCAGCAACAAAAACAAAAACAACCGAAAAACAACAAACCCAACAUCAACAGCCAACAUUGUGAAUUGCUUUUUUUUAUUAUAAACGAAAACAGAAUCAAGUGCAUCAAACUAAUAUAUAAUAAUAACAUAUAUAAUAUAUAACAAUAUAUAUAUAUAUAUAAAAAGAAGUGGAGCCGAAAAAAAGCCGCCAAAAAAACAAAUCACUGAAAAGAUGUAAGAUAGCGGAAAAGGCGGAUUAAGAAAAGGGAGAAGAGAAGGAGACAAAGAGCCGAACAACAACCGUUAAUUUUUCGCUCAGUGGAGGCAGGCAGGCAACAACAAACAAACAAACAGCAACAAACACAGCCCCCCGCCCAGCCAAGGUCAACUUUUGGUGUUUUUGGGGCCCAACAACACAAAAUGCACGCGUGUGUCUGCUGCUGUUCGACAAACAACAAUUGCAACAACAACAAUAACAAGAACAACGACGGCAGCAGCAGCAGCGGCGGCAGCGGCAACAACAACAACAAAUUGCAGCUAAAGAAGCACAAGGAAGAGGAAGCACUAGAACCGGAAGCGGUACAGGUCAAGCGGGAAAAGGAAAAGGAGCAUAAGAAGAAGCAACAGGACCAGCGGGAGCGGGAGAAGUUGUCUGCUGGCCAAAGCGCCAGUGGCGGCGACAACGACAACGAUCUCAACGGCGCCGCAACGAGGAGGCGGUGGUGGCUGCGCGGUCCUCCAGGAUCAGCGGAAGCGGAAGGAGGAGACGAAGAAGGGAGAGCAGCAGGAGCAGGAGGAGCCGAAGCGGGAGCCACGACGACGACGUGGUCUCCACCCGGCGUCGUUGCGGUGACGAUAGCGCCGCCGACGUUGUUGCUGUCGUUGCAGCGACAACUACUGAUCAGUAACAGCAGCAAAACAGAAUCCUUAGCAACGACCACCUCAGCAUCAGUCUCAAUCAUCGAUAUCAAAAGCCUAAACCAAUACCAAUACCAAAACCAAAUCCUAAUCCUCGCCAGCCACGCCUUUUGA